AUGUACCUACUGCACUGCCUGCCACCGCCAUGCCAUCGCAAGGCAACUGUGUUCGCUCAUUUGAAACAUCACUUGACGCCGGAAGGAACCCUGUUUGGUACCACGGUCCUUGGGCGUGGAGCGCACCACAAUUUGCUCGGACGCUUGACCAUCCGCUUCUACAACUGGAAAGGGAUAUUUGGAAAUAAGGACGACAGCCCGGAUGUUUUGGUGAAGGCGCUGGAAAAUGAGUUCGAGGAAGUUGAAACCCAUGUUGUGGGGGUGGUGCUGCUUUUCCGGGCUCGUAAACCCAGAUUGGCCUAG